AUGCGGUUUAGGUCUGAUAGGUGGAUAGGGGAGUCUCCUCUUUGUGUGCGGUUUAGGCGGUUGUUUGAGUUAACAGAGAAUAAGUCUAUGUUCGUGGCCGACUUGCUCUCUAUUGAUUCGGAGAGGUGGGGGGAGGUGUGGAGGUGGAGACGUAGGUUAUGGCAGUGGGAGGAGGAGUUGCUAGAUGAGUGUAGGGCUUUACUUCUUGAUGUUUCCUUGAAUCCUAAUGUUUCAGAUAGCUGGGUGUGGCUUCCGGACCCAUCUGGUGGAUACACAGUUCGAGGUGCAUAUAGUUUGUUAAUCUCUCAGGUUCCUCCGGUCGCCGACUAUGAUUUGGAUUUGGUGUGGCACAAACAGGUUCCCUUAAAGGUUUCCGUUUUUGCGUGGAGGCUCAUCCGUGAUCGUUUACCAACAAGGACAAAUUUGAUUGCUAGACGGGUGUUGUCGCCUGACAUGUCUUCGCGUGUUGCUGAUUGUGGUCAUCCUGAAUCGGCUCGACAUCUAUUUUUAUUGUGUGAUACUUUUGGUUCUUUGUGGCAUUUGGUGCGUGACUGGAUCGGUUGCUUUGGGGUGGACACAGAUAAUAUUUCAUAUCAUUUUUUACAGUUCACUCAUUUGAUAGGUGGUGGUGCUGCUAGACGUUCUUUUAUGCAACUUAUAUGGCUUCUUUGUGCCUGGGUUGUUUGGAAUGAACGUAAUAACCGGAUGUUUAAUCAUGUUGUUACCCCCAUCCCUUGUUUACUAGAUAAGAUUAAGCUGUUGUCUCUAGUCUCUAAGGCACACCUUUUGCGUUGGGAACUACCCUAUUCGUAUAUAAUUCUAUUUUAG